AUGGUCACGCCCAAGCGCGAGCGCAGCUUGUCCCUCGCAGACGACAACCCUCCACGCACCGCCUCGCGUGCCCUGCGCGACGCCAUCCAGCUCGUCUCGACCUCGUCCCCGCUCGACAUCUCGCCCGCCCUCGACGCCCAGCUCCUCGUCCUCCUCAGCGACGCCGUCACCCUCACCACCGCCCUCGAGGACCGCGAGCUCGAACACGACCGCAAGCGCGUCAAGCUCGAGCACGCCUCGGUCGAGCCCGCCGCCGCCCUCGCUCGUGCCGCCGACGCUCCACCUCGAGCUGGUCCGCCCGUCGCCAAGGCGCCCAUGCCGAGCUUCUACGGGCUCGAUACCGUCCAGGGCGCGCUGAGCGACGCAGAGUACGCCGUCCUCCACGACGUCGAGGCCGGCCUUCCUCUCCUCGACACGCUCGGCAUCCUGCUUCGUCCCGUCAAGAGCCACGACGACGGCAAGGUCAACCUGCUCGAGUGGGAGGCGCUCUUCCCCGUCAAGGCGCCCGAGUCCAACUGGCGCGGCGCCUUCUUCCAGCCACGCGUCAUCUUCUCCGACAACUACCCCUCCCAGCCGCCCAAGGUCAAGCUCGCGCCCAGCUUCUUCCACCCGAACGUCUGGCCGUCUGGCACCGUCGCGCCCAGCUGGCCCGAACGCCAAGCCGUCGCCGACACAUGGUCCGCAGAGCUCCUCGCCGUCUAUGGCGCGCUCGGCCUCAAGGGCCGGAUCGCGUCGCGCAAUACGCCCCACGACGUGUUGGUCAAGGUGCCGGAGCAUCUGCGCCUGCCUCUCUACCUCGAAGCGUGCCGAGCCGUCCUCACGAGCGAGCGGUUGGACGAACCUGCGUCGCUCGAGGCGUGGAGCACGAUCAAGAAAGAGCCAGCAAAGUACCGGUCCCCCACCUCGACCGACCUCGCCCACCUUGCCGACGCCGCCGCACGCGCCGAGUGGCGCACCGAGAACGGCCUCGACCUCCCGCUCGACCGGUGA